ACGGAGGCGAUGAGUGAGCGAGGCGCGCGGCGCGGCGCCGGCGGCGCACCGUUCUACGCGCCGCCGCGGCGGAAGACAUCUGCCGAGAUCAUCAGCGAAGCGCGGGCGGCGCUUUAUGGAGAUAUGAGCGGAGCGUCGAGCAGCGCGGGUAGCGGCGGCGCGCUCCGUCCGCUGCGUACUCGCCGCCCGUUCACACCGAGAGAACCACAGCGCGUGUUGUUUGGAGAACGGGCAAGGAGGGACCCACGCCCACCCAGUGCGUUCGACCUAAAAUACCUGAGCCUGUGCGAGAGCAGCGAGGAUGCUCGCGUCGCCGGACUCGAAGAGGAAAUCAACCACGCUAUGCAUCCCGAAAUGCAGAACAUCAGGAAGAAGGCCGCCCGUCAGCCGGCUCAUCAGACUACAGAAAGAGCUGGCGAGGGUUGGGGCGCGUUCCCAAAGCUUCCGCACCUCAGCGGGAAGAGCAAGCCUCUGCAUCGCAGAAACACUACGGGUCACACCACGCCUGAUGGAUCAAAGGACGAUGUAGACUUGGCCAAUGCUAUAUCGAUAACGCGCCCUUUGGGAGGUGAAAGUGGCGAAGAUUUUAGUAGGGUACUCAACACCAAAUCUCUGAGCCCAGACCCUGGGAUACGUCGCAAGCAAUUUGCGACGACAAAGGCACAGUCAUACGACGUUGGAGGUGGAUAUCCGCUGGGGAGCAUACCCGUCAAACAUCUCGCAGUUCAACUCCCGAAUGCUUCAACAUCCGAAGACGUGGAGAAUAUGACAGUGCUAGAGCUCGCCGAGGCUCUCUCCCAGCGCAGCCGAGACGUUGAACGAACAGUGCUGCUGAUGGAGGCGCUUCAGAACUGCCUCGAGAAGUCCAUGCCAGCUACCAGUCUCAGAGAUAUGGUGCUGCGUGCCUUCUACACUCACAUAGAUAGUGAUGAUGAGAGGGUGCUGGUCGCUAUAGCCAGGGCUAUGCUUACGAUGAGAGUCACGGGAGCGCAUUUAGCGGCCGCUUGCAAACUAGUCUUUAAGAUUGCAAGAAAUGACAAAAACGAUCACUUCUUCAGGAACACUAAUUUGUUAGAGCUGCUAGUGGAAGGCUGCGGGCGCGCCGACCCGCUAUCCGAAGGCGAAUGUUGCGUCUACGGAGCAGGCGCGUUACGUUUCCUCGCGCUGGAGCCGCGACUGUGCGCCCUAGCUCACCGCGCAGGCGCGCUACAUCUGGCCGCAUUGCAUUUGAAAAUAUUGAACAAUGCAAAUGCCGAGAACCCCCGAGGCGUGUCAGAGCAGUCCACACACGCGCUCUACCAACUGACGGGCGCGCUACGAAACUUGGCGAGUGGCGAGCGCGCGGCGCGAGCAUUCGUGUCGAGCGGCGCGCUCGGCGAGCUGCUCGCAGCGCUUGCUCACCAUACCGACCGCGCUGUGCUCACUAACGUUGCGCGGUGUCUUAGUGUCCUUUCAGCGAACGAGUCGUGCUGCCUCUGGCUAUGCGGGGCCCCAUCAAGCGCGGGCGCGCUGCUCCGCGCGCUGGCGGCGUGCGCGGCGCGGGCGCCGCUCGCUGUGCGCCUGGCGUACGUGCUCGGCAAUAUGGCCGCCGCUACUGACCAAGCCAGGCUGAAUAUUUACAAUGAAGAGGGUGGAGUGGACGUUUUACUGACGAUCCUGGAGUCGUAUACUAAAAGGAACAACGACCACGAAGCUAAUAGGGACUCGGAUAGCGAUCCCGAUAUGCAUUUAGUAGGCACGGACAUGGGUGGCUCAGAUGGCUCCAACGAAGAUGUGCUUAUCAAGACAGUUCGAGUGGUAGCCAACAUUUGCCUGACGGAGCGUGCUGGGCGUGGUUUGUGUGCGGCGCAUGCUGAACGCACCGUGCGUGCGUUGCGUGCCUGUCUUGAACUAGCUGAGAAACCCCAUGAACCAAUGGACAAAGAGGCUGAGGAGGGUGUGAUGGAUCGUCGUGAAGAGUUAGCUACAGCAGCGCUAGCAACCCUCAACAAUGUGACGUUCUAUCGCGAACCUCCAGCGCCACCCGACCCUCUGGCAGAACCGCUUGAUGACAUCUGCAAAGCAACGUGUCGAUGGCUGGUCGGCGGCGGCGGCCCGAACGCGGCGUGCGAGGCGGUGCGCGCGCUCGGCAACCUGUCGCGCUCGCAGCGCGCCGCGCAGCUCAUCGUGCUCGAGGGCGUGCUCGACGCGCUGCCCGCCUUCCUGCAUCACGAGGAAGCCAGCGUCCGCUGCGCCGCCGCCGGCGUCCUCGUGAACGUGUGCGGCGCGGGCUGCGAGGCGCGCGCGGCGGGGCAGGCGGCGGCGCGCGCGCUCCACGCGGCCGCGGCGGCGCGCGACGCGCCCGCGGCGGCCUUGCUGGCGCGCGCGCUCUGGAACGCGUACGCUCAUUGCCCGCUCGCGCCCGCUAGUACCAAGCAAGCUGCAGCGGCACUUGCGGCGUUUAUUGACGACGAAUCCGUGUUCGCCGCGUGCGAGGCGCCCGCGGCGGGCGAGCGGCGCGCCAGCGAUCCGGAAAUAAAACAUCACGUGAAGUUCGACCUCGACAACAACAACUAUUCAAACAAAGAGUUUCACCGGCCUAUGUUCGUUAAGGCGCACAGCGUCGAACACGAGUUGCAUCUCGAGGGCUGCUCGGACGAGGACAGCGACCAUGCGCUUUCGGGAGAAGAUCUCGGGUUUGAGGAAGGAGACAUGCUGGUAGAAGACGGAUGCGAGUGCGGGCCGUGCCGCAGACUGGCGGCCUGGGAAGAGCUCGUGGGCGUCGCUAUCCCAUUGCUGGAGAAACUCAAACCGCCGAGAUCUGACGCAUCUGUUGGCACAGACUAG